GCCAGAGCGCGCGGAGGCAGCCGCUGGAGCAGUAGCGCGGCGAGAGCCGGGGAGUGGGGAGCCCCGCGCGCAGGUUCUAGGCUGAAAGAGGAGCGCUUAUGCAUACCUUCUAAAUAUUGCUUGUUGCCCACCAAAAUCUAAGCCAUGGUGAUCAUGUCAGAUUAUACCUCUGUUCCCACUCCAAAUCAAGCCCAGCGAAGGCCUCUCCGGGUUGGAUUUUAUGAUAUUGAGAGGACCUUGGGAAAAGGAAAUUUUGCAGUGGUAAAGCUGGCCAGGCACAGAGUAACCAAAACGCAGGUUGCAAUAAAGAUUAUAGACAAAACAAGAUUAGAUCCAAGCAACCUGGAGAAAAUUUAUAGAGAGGUCCAGAUAAUGAAGCUUUUGAACCACCCCCACAUUAUCAAGCUGUAUCAGGUUAUGGAGACAAAGGAUAUGCUUUACAUUGUUACUGAGUUUGCAAAAAAUGGAGAAAUGUUUGAUCAUUUAACUUCCAAUGGACACUUGAGUGAGAGUGAAGCUCGAAAGAAGUUCUGGCAGAUCCUUUCUGCAGUGGAAUACUGUCACAGCCAUCACAUAGUGCACAGGGAUCUCAAAACUGAGAACCUUCUGUUAGAUGCUAGCAUGAAUAUCAAGUUAGCAGACUUUGGAUUUGGAAAUUUCUACAAAUCAGGGGAGCCCCUCUCCACUUGGUGCGGAAGCCCACCUUAUGCAGCCCCUGAGGUUUUUGAAGGCAAGGAAUACGAAGGACCUCACCUUGAUAUAUGGAGCCUUGGUGUGGUGCUGUAUGUCCUAGUUUGUGGCUCUCUGCCUUUUGAUGGACCCAAUUUACCAACUCUGAGACAAAGAGUGCUGGAGGGACGAUUCCGCAUCCCCUACUUCAUGUCCCAAGACUGUGAAACACUAAUCCGACGGAUGCUAGUUGUGGACCCAACUAAACGAAUAACCAUUGCCCAGAUAAAGCAGCACAAGUGGAUGCAAGCAGACCCUUCUCUCCAGCAGCAGCAAUCUUUGUCCUUCUCCAUGCAGAACUACAACUCUAACCUGGGUGACUACAAUGAGCAAGUCCUUGGGAUCAUGCAGACUCUUGGCAUUGAUAGGCGGAGAACAGUUGAGUCUCUACAAAACAGCAGCUACAACCAUUUUGCUGCAAUUUAUUAUCUUCUCCUGGAGCGCCUCAAGGAGUACCGAAACAACCAGUUGUCCAAUCGUCCAGUGACCAGCCGUCAGCAAAGACCAAGGAGCUCUGAGCUCAGCAACAUUGAGAUGCCUCAAGACAGCCUUUCAAGUGAAUCCCUGAGAUCAUCUCUGCUUUACCAUCAACCUCAGAACUUGAUUCAGUCAUCCUUGCAAGCAGAAAUGGAUUGUGACAUGAACAGUCCAUUACAGCCAGUAUUCUUUCCUGUGGAUCCCAACUUCAAUGGUCUCUUCAGGAAUCGCUCCAUUUCUCCCAACAGUUUGCUAGAAACCACCAUUAGCGAGGAGGUGAGGCAGGAGAAAGACCUGGAGGAGGAAAUCAAGGCCUACAACCCUCUUCACCUUCCCAGCAACACCAGCAGGAGGCAUACGCUGGCUGAAGUCACCACUCAUUUUUAUCCGUGUACCCCUCCAUGCAUAGUCAUUUCCUCUUCAACAAGCCCCACAGAAGGAACUAGUUCAGACAGCUGCCUCACCUCAUCUUCAAACAACAGCUCAGUGGCUCUGAGCAGCUGUUUGGCAGAUCAAGUAAUGACUGGUAACCCAGCCACAGCCAGGAUGACAUCACCAUUUCUGACUUCCCAAUCUGACACUCCAGGGCUGCAAGCCCAGGGCUGCAUGGGAGGUGCUUCUCUGCUGCCUGUCAGCUUCCAGGAAGGAAGACGUGCAUCUGAUACCUCAUUAACUCAAGGCUUGAAGGCAUUUAGACAACAGUUACGAAAGAAUGCUAGAGCCAAAGGUUUCCUUGGGCUGAACAAAAUCAAGGGCUUUGCUCGCCAGGUGUGCCAGUCUUCAUCCACUCGGGCAGCACGCAGUGGCAUGAGCCCUUUCCAGCAUUCUCAGCAGAACACGUGCAUGUACAGCAAUGGAGGAAGCAGCAGAGAAGGCCGAAGCCUGCUAGAGGAGGUGCUGCAACAGCAGAGAAUGCUCCAGUUACAGCAUCACCAGUUGAUCCAGCCAACAUGUCACCAGUCCUCUCGGGUGUCUGCAACACACUGCAUCCUCUCUCCUGACAGUACAGACACUUACAAAACAUCUAAAACUCUUCUGCUGUCAGAGCUACAAAGGGAGAACUCAUUUGAGCUGGCAUUUGGUGGCAACACCCAGCUGCUCCAACCUCACCUCUUUGGAGUCAGUGUCUCACCAGCGUCUUCAGCUGCUCAUCUUCUAGACACCCAGUUGUACAUCAGUAGCAAUGUCUCUCCGAUCACCAACAACAACUUCUCUCAGCAACAGAAUUUCUCUGUGCAGUCUCCGAGCUACGAUGCUGUCACUUUGCAGAAUGGGGACUGUGAAAUGGAGGACCUCACUUCCAGCCAGCUAGGGAAAUUUGUCCUGGUGAAAUGAGAGCUCCUGCUGUUGUAGCUCACACAACUCUUUUAUUUCUGCAAAGGACUUCCACCAUCGUUCCACAGCAUUAGAGUUCCAUGGAUGGCUUGUGGCGUGUGGAUGAGUGACUCUCAGAAGCAAUAAAUUUUGAAGUAUGUGAAGAGGCUGUCUGGUUCAGAAAGCUAACAACUUUAUAGAACUGAAACAAGCAAUAUGUAUGUCUUUUGGCUUCUAUUAUUCUUGCACUGAACAAAUAUGAAUAGAAACUGAAAAACGUUUUUGAAGAAAAAUAAUGAAGGGUGAAAUGAGGGGUGGGUAGGGGGUGGGAGCAGGGAUGGAUGAGGCCGGGUAGAACACUUUGGUACUGUACUCAAGUCAGACCAAUACAGCUCUGCUGUUAUGCAAGACUUUUAACAGCUGUCAGUAGUGGUGACACAGCAGGGAGAGGCUUUUCAAAGAAGGGACCAGAGCCUCCCUUUUUCACAAUAUUCAUUUAUGGGCUUGUGAAGCUGAUUACCUCUUAAAAAACCAAUGGCAUGCAACAUUAUGCAUUGAUAAAAUUAAAAAUGGAAGCAUUGCCAUUUGUUUUUGUUUAGUUGAUACUCACUUUAAAGGAACCAACACCUCCUCCCUAAAAACACUUAUGCUUUAAAUGAAAACUGUGAACUUCUUGCUUGAUAUAUCAGCUAGAACAGCUAAAAAAAGUUCUAAUUGUUAGCACAGAAGCAAUUAAUCUCUCUUGGAAUUUUAUCCCCUGAUAUCAUGAUCCAAAUUGUGUAAUGUCUUUUUUGUUUUUGUUCUAAAUCUCUAGGAAUCUUUUCAUAAUGUUGUCUAAGUUGUUUUCCCUGUAUUCCUGCAGAGGCACUGGGAUUGAAAUUAAUAAAACUGGGCUGUGGGGUGGAACUGUUUCUUUCAAAAAGCCCCCCAGAUGUUGCCUUUGAAGUUGCCUGAGGGAUAUUUCUUAGUGCUGCACAUUUUAUUUCUGCUGCUAAUUACAUUUUUACGCAUUUCAUUAUCAGGGUCCAGCUAGAACUGACUCUUGGGAAACGUGCAAUAUCGAGGUUAUAAUUGUACAAAGACAAAAGGAAUAGGCUAGAACAGAAUUCUACUCUAAAGGAGUACGGCUAUUUCUGAACAAAACUAUCAAAACUGAGUGAAACAGCACAAUCUUUGGGUGUUCGUUUUUGGUUUUUUGGUUUGUUUUUUUUUGGCAUAUUAUCAAUGAGGUUUUUGGUUAGGUGUUUAUGUAUGGUUUUUAAUACUGUAUAUGUGUAUAAAUAGGAAGCAGAAAACAAUAUAUACACUACUUAUUUUUUUAUACUUUGUAAUAUGCUUUUAUUGUGUUUCUGGUGUAAACUCCCUCUCUCACAGAGCGUGACUUAUGUUGGUGUCAAUGGAAGUUCGUGUGUAUAAAGGGGAUAAUAGACCACAACCUCCUACAAGAAUUGGUGGGGUGAGGGUUCAGCUGUGGUAGCAGGUGAGCAAGCAGUGAGCCAGCUUAGCCAAAAGUUACCAUCCGAAUGUCAGAAAAAUAGUUUCAUUCUAUCUAAAUGCUUAAAGGACCCAGCUCUUUAGUGUGACACAGGGUGCCUUCAAGUUACCUUGGCUUCGUGCAACCUGCAGUAUUACACGUUCAAACAAAAACCCUACUUUAUAUUAAAAAAAAAAAAAAAGCCAAAGAUCAACCAGGUUAAUUGGUUUGAGGGGGAAGGGGUCAAGGUGUUAUGUGGCUCAGUGUCUGUGGCUUUUCAUAAAUUACCUUUUUAUCUGUGUACAGUAUUUGCGUGUCUGUAUUGAUAUAUCCCUAGCUUGCUGCUGCUAUGUGGUCUGGAAGCUUCAAGGUGUCGGGAAAUUACUUAGAUUGAAUCUUCGACUGGUGCCUUGCAGCAGAGAAAACACCAAAGUCUCAUGCUAAUUUGCAACGUGUUUGUUUUUCUUUUUUAAAGGGGGAGAGGGAGGAGGGAGAGGAGACGCUAGCUCAUCACAGAGCAGCAACUUUGCCAUCAUUGUCUCAUGAGCUAGCACACAUACUUAAUGCACAGAAUUGUUUUCUUUUCUACAUUUGUUUUAAUGCCAUAGAUCAAAGGCCACAGAAAGUCUUUUGUUUCCUGUUCUAAGCAAUGACAAGCACUUUACUUUCAUAGGUUUUUCUGUUUGUGUUUCCUUUUCCAAUUGCUGUAGAGCCUCUUUGGAAUUAUUCCUGGUCAGAAAGAGGUCACUUUUAAUGUUUGGUUUUUGUAGAUAUCUUAGUGCUGUUCGGCAGACUGCAAUGCAAUAGGCUAUUUAAAGACACUAUGUGAUUGGUUUAAUUAAGAUGUAUAGUUUAUUUUUUACCAUGACUGAACAGAUCAUUUUAUUUCUUAUGUUAAAAUGAGAAAUGGACACCAAAAUGAUUGAUGUGUUAUUUAAUAUUUAAAUAAAAAUGUUUUAAAAGA